AUGCAUCCACUCAUCUUCAUCCUUUUCCUCUUUUCCAAUGUUGGUCCCACCCUCAGUAACGGCAAAACCUUCACUGUUUUGCUGGCCGGCCAAAGCAACAUGGCCGGUCGAGGCGGCGUGAAGGGCGGCGUGUGGGACCGCUUCGUCCCGCCAGAGUCCAUUCCGGCCAUACCGGACUCCGUCAUCCGACUGGCUCCCAACUAUACAUGGGAGCCUGCGGCCGAGCCUCUCCACCGCGGCAUCGACAUCACUGUCAAGGAACAACACCUCGGCAUCGGCCCCGGUCUGCCGUUCGCCACCGCCCUUCUCCGACGCGUCGACCCCUCGAACACCGGCGCUGCCACCGUGGCCCUCGUCCCGGCCGCCAUGGGAGGCUCCCACAUCCUCCAGUGGCAACGAGGCAGCAGCUACUACCUCAACCUGCUUGCACGGGCCGAGGCCGCUAGAUCGUCCUUGGGCCCCAUAGCCGGGAUGCUGUGGUAUCAGGGGGAGUCCGACACGGUUUCCCCUCACCUUGCUGCCGCGUACGGGCACCGUCUCCAGAAGUUCUUCAACUCCCUCCGAGCCGACCUCGCAAUGCCGCAACUCCCGAUCAUCCAGGUGGCGUUGGCCUCGGGGAAUUUAAACCAAACUGCUCCCAGGGACCUUGAGACUGUUCGGUCGGCACAGCUGGACCUUGGGAUGGCGGGGGUGCGGUGUGUGGACGCAAUGGGGUUUUCGCUGGAGCCCGACAACACACACCUGACCACGGCUGCGCAGGUCAAGCUUGGCCAGCUGUUGGCAGACGCCUUCCUCCAGCCCUAG